GGAAACUGGGUAAGAUCGGCUUUAACAAGUAAACAGAGAAUAAAAGAAAAAAAAAAAACAAGAAACAAAACUACACACACAUCAACCAGGAAACAGGUAGUAGGCGGAGCCACAUUUCACAGAACACAGAUCAUUUCCCAGAAAUGAAAGUGACAGUUGUUGUCAGUGUGAGCAGAGCUGCAGACGAGUGUGUGGAAGCUCCAACAAACCUUAAACCCACUGCAACACAUCUGCUUCAAGUGUCAUCGAAGGUUCUUGGGUGGAAACAGUCCACAGUGGAGCUCAGUGGAAGCGGUCCAGUCCCACCUGUGUGCUUCUGAAGCCUGGGUCCCUUCAGUCCCAACGACGUUCAACUACAGCUGUGGACUUUGUGCAGGAAGAUGAAAGUGUUGGUGGUGGUUGGGCUCCUCAUCCACGUUUCCCAGCAUGCACUGGCUGUAGUGGUGCAGGCGUAUGAGGGGAUGGAGUCGGUCCUGCUGCCCUACCAGUAUUUUGGCAUGUUACCAGACGAUCCUUCAGUGGUUUGGAAACGCUCUGAUCUGAACCAAACAGUUAUUCACCUGCAUAAAUACAACAGUGGUAAACUGAAAGAGGAAUACCAACACAGUGAGCGCAUGUAUAUGAAGAAGAACAUUCUGGAAACUGGAGACUUCAGCCUCACUGUGAAGAAACCACAACUGUCUGACAGCAGCAACUACACCUGUAACCUCCAAUGGGAAACAGAGAGGGAGGGGCCUCAAGAAUGGAGAAUGACACAAGUACAGCUGCAGGUCAAAGAUGACCAGGAGGAGGUGGAGGUCCAGCAGGGGGCGGAGUCUAUCCGUCUGCCUUGUAAAGCUUCAGCCGAUCUGCCUGAAGACACCACAGUGGACUGGACUCACUUUGAUCCACAACUGAUGGUGGUCCACGUGUCCCGGAGUAAAACUGAUGAUCUUCAAACACAGGACAGGUCUUACCGUGACCGCACACAGAUGAAUGAAGACAUGAGUCUGACUCUGAAAAAGCCCACAGACACAGACGGAGGUGUGUAUAUCUGCACCGUCUACAGGGAAGGAGACGUCCUGAGGUCUAAAGUCCUGCUCCAGGUGGUCCCAGAGGGUUUUCCAGCCUGGGCCACAGCUCUCCUGGUUGUCUUUGCUGUUCUUCUUCUAAUCCUUCUAGGACGUUUCUUUAUUUUCCGAGGGUAUUUUCUGUCAGUCCAACUGGUGGAGGUGGAUUCAGAGGAGGAGUCUGUCCUGCUGCCAUGUCAAACUAUAGCUCACCUGACAAAGAACUCCAGACAGAUCAGCGUUAUGUGGAAGAACUUACACAACCAACAGAUCCUUGUGCAUAAGUAUGGCUCUGGAGAACCUGAUGAACAGGACCAGGAUUACACAGACAGAACAGAGAUGAAGAAACACUGGCUGAGAACUGGAGACUUCAGUUUAACCCUGAAACACCCAACGGACCGGGACACCAACGAAUACUUAUGCACCAUCUACAACAAAGAAAAGGUCCUGAAGAAGAAACGAGUGGUGCUGAAGGUCAGAGCCCAACAGGUGGAGGUGGAUUUAGGGGAGAAGUCUGUCCUGCUGCCCUGGAAAACCACAUUACAUAUAGAGGACGUCAGUCAGCUCACAGUGGAGUGGACGGACAAUAGGGACAGGAAGGUCCAUGUGUAUGAGGACGGCUCUGACAGAACUAAUGAACAGAACCAUAAAUACAGAAACAGAACAGAGAUGAAAGAAGACCCACUGAGAACUGGAGACCUCAGUCUGACCCUGAAACACCCCACAGACUGGGACACUAACACCUACACCUGCACCGUCUACAACAGAGACAAGCAGAUCCUGAGGAGGAAGGAAGUGUUUCUGAAGGUCAAAGUCCAACAGGUGGAGGUGGAUUUAGGGGAGGAGUCUGUCCUGCUGCCCAUGAAAACCACAUUACAUGUAGAGGAUGUCAGUCAGCUCACAGUGGAGUGGACGGACGAUAGGGACAGGAAGGUCCAUGUGUAUGAGGACGGCUCUGACAGAACUAAUGAACAGGACGAUAAAUACAGAAACAGAACAGAGAUGAAAGAAGACCCACUGAGAACUGGAGACCUCAGUCUGACCCUGAAACACGCCACAGACUGGGACACUGACACCUACACCUGCACCGUGUACAACAGAGACAAGCAGAUCCUGAGGAGGAAACAUGUGUUUCUGGAGGUCAAAGUCCAACAGGUGAAGGUGGAUUUAGGGGAGGAGUCUGUCCUGCUGCCCUGGAAAACCACAUUACAUACAGAGGACGUCAGUCAGCUCACAGUGGAGUGGACGGACGAUAGGGACAGGAAGGUCCAUGUGUAUGAGGACGGCUCUGACAGAACUAAUGAACAGGACGAAAUAUACAGAAACAGAACAGAGAUGAAUGAAGACCCACUGAGAACUGGAGACCUCAGUCUGACCCUGAAACACCCCACAGACUGGGACACUAACACCUACACCUGCACCGUGUACAACAGAGACAAGCAGAUACUGAGGAGGAAGGAAGUGGAUCUGAAGGUCAAAGUCCAACAGGUGGAGGUGGAUUCAGGGGAGGAGUCUGUCCUGCUGCCCUGGAAAACCACAUUACAUGUAGAGGACGUCAGUCAGCUCACAGUGGAGUGGACGGCCCGUUAUAACAGGAAGGUCCAUGUGUAUGAGGACGGCUCUGACAGAACUAAUGAACAGGACGAAAUAUACAGAAACAGAACAGAGAUGAAAGAAGACCCACUGAGAACUGGAGACCUCAGUCUGACCCUGAAACACCCCACAGACUGGGACACUAACACCUACACCUGCACCGUGUACAACAGAGACAAGCAGAUCCUGAGGAGGAAACGAGUGAAACUGAAGGUCAAAGUUCAACAGGUGGAGGUGGAGGAGGGGGCGGGGUCGGCCCUGCUGCCCUUCAGAACGACCCCUGACCUGCCUCAGGACGCCAGAGUGGAGUGGAGGUACCAAACUAAUGACCAGAAAUACAUACAUGUCCAUGUGUCUGAGAAGAAGUCAGCUCAACCUGGUGAACAGGACGACAGAUACAGAAACAGAACAAAGAUGAAUGAAGACCCAUGGACGACUGGAGACUGCAGUCUGACCCUGAAUGACCUCCAACAGGACGACUCUGGAACAUAUGUAUGUGUAGUCAUCAGAGAUGAAGUCACCCUGAGAGGGAAAACAGUGGAGCUGAAGGUCAAAGGUCAGAGUUCAGAUGCAGGUCAGAGGUCAGGUGUGUCUCUGCCCUGUUUCUCCUCUGCAGACAGAUCUCAGAUCACAUAUCAGUUUCCUCCAAUAAGAGAAGAUGCAGAAGCUGAAGCAGCUGUUUGAUCGAUCUGUUGUGUGUGUUUGUGUUUGUCCAACUCCUAAACUGAGGCUUGAUCUUAUUCCUCUUGAAUAUAUGAAACAGGUCAAUCCAAUAGAAAUACACACACUUCAAAGCACUCAGACUGUGCUUUUCCACUCUUCAUUAUUGUAUUUCUAGUGUUUGUUUCUCUGUGAUGACAGUCUGUCCUCCAAACCAAAGAAAAUCCAAACUAUCAAAUCCAAACCACUGCAGCAAAAUCAGACAAAUGAACACUGUCAGAGAGGAUGGAUUUUCCAACAGGAUGAUGAUGUGAACCCUAUCUGUAAAUCCACCAUGGACGCCCUCACAGACUCCAGCUGAAGGUUUGGAACAGACCUCACAGUCCCAGACUUGAACAUCAUUGAACAUCUGUGGGUAGAUCUGAAGAGAUCUGUGCAGCAAAAACAGAGAUUCUGUUGCUUGCUGCUCCUGUGUGUGUGUGUGUGUGUGUGUGUGUGUGUGUGUGUGUGUGUGUGUGUGUGUGUGCGUGUGUAUGUGUGUGUGUGUGUGUGUGUGCGUGUGCGUGUG